GGUUAUCGCGUGGCUUGAAGAGAGACCUAUAUUAGACUUCUUUCGUAGGCGUUAGACUCGCUCUUGCCGAGAAAUUGUCGAUACAGGGAACUAUUAAGAAGCGUCAUAAUCCAUGUCCACCUGCCUGAAAUCUCUCUGCUUCCAUCUUCAUAUAUACCAGUGACUUGCAGAUUUUAGUAUCUGAAAAGCCAAUUGCUUAACGUCAUCCUCAAUUUCUGUUGAUGAUCAAUGAUUGCCUUUUCCUUCUCUCCUCAUGAGCAACACUUCCUCGAUAUACCAUGGUCUCAAUCGCAAUGAUGGACCUCAUCUCUCGUGAUGAUCAUGUUCUCGGUGUUAAUCGAGGAGCCCAGGUGACGGGUGUUGCCUGUGCUGCUCUAGCCUUACCGUGGAUUGCCGGUAUACUUCGAUUUUAUGUCAGGAUUGGAAUUCAAAAAUUCUUUGGACCUGAGGAUUGGUUGACUGUUGCUUCCAUAACUAUACAUACUGCUUUGUGUGGACUUUUAUUGCGGUCACUUGCAUUUGGACUCGGUGCUCAUAUAUACAAUAUCAAUUCAGAUUAUCUCGAUGAGCUUGCUAAGUACAUAUUUGCGAGUGAACUUCUCUAUGUCAUCACCAUGGCUAUUACGAAAGUUUCCAUCGGGGUCUAUUUUUUACGACUCGCCAACAAACGAUAUCAAUUUUGGAUUAUCUACAGUGUUAUGGCUAUUGCAGUUCUGGUCAGCAUGGCGUAUUUCAUCUUCGUACUGUUGCAAUGUCAACCAAUAUCUUAUUUCUGGAAUAUGUUCGACGACGGCAGCGGAUUUUGCUUGAGCACAUCAACUCGAGCUAACGUUACCUAUGCACAUGCCGCCAUGAGUGCUCUAACAGACUGGGCUUAUGGUAUUCUACCAAUUACAUUUGUCUGGAAGAUGAAGAUGAAUCCGCGCACAAAACUUUCAGUUGUUCUUAUUCUAUCUCUUGGUUUCUUUGCAAGCACAGCAACAAUAAUCCGCAUAUACUACAUUAAUAAACUCAACCAAACCACCGACUACACUUGGGAAGGAAUCAAUCUAGUUAAAUGGUCCAUAAUUGAACCCGCCAUCGCCUUAACUGCCGCAUCCUUUGCUACGCUUCGACCUCUCUUCAGUGCCCGUCAAAAGAGAACCUUUAGUAUCUACUCUGAUAAGUCGGCCACCGCUGGCAAAACUUCCCAGGAAACCCUUGUCAAUUCUGAUGACGAAUAUUCGAAACGAUUUGCUGCAAUGCUGGGUCUAGACGACACUUAUGGCGUUCGAACAUACGUAUAUGCGGAUAAGAAAAUCGUGCGGAAGGAUGAUUUAGAAAGAGAACGACUACAGGCGGCAUGGAAAGCAGAAGAGUCGGAUGAUUCAAUAGAAGUCAGUGUUCUGAGUGCAGGGUACCAAACAGGAGAGAGCAGCCGCUCGAUCGGAGAAAGUAGUGAGACAGGAAGUAGAAGUGGGGAAAGGAUUGAUUGGGCGAGUGGAUAUAAGACGACCGUUAUCACUCAGACGAGUGAAUGAUUUGUUUAUUUUGCGAAGAUACCUUUGUGUUUGCUUUACGUUUGCUGUGUUACUUAGCGGGAAUUUGGGAUAUUGUUAUUGGCUCUUCUAUUCUAUUUUAUAAUAUACUUUGGAGAGAACGGGCUUGAAAUACUAUGUUUAUUGAGCUCUAAAACAUUGUAUGUCUGUUCAUAUGAGCGCAGUAAUACAUGUCUGAUGACGUCUUUUAAAAAAGCUUUAUGAUUUGCAAAAUAAUUCAAUGUCAAUGCCAAAAAUUCCAGACCCUAAAAUCUGUUGCAAUGUAAAACGAAGUGUUCUUUUGGAGGGGGACCUCGGAUAACACUGCCGACUUCAGGUCAAUAUCGUCGAGUCCCACUCUGCACAAUCAGGGAGACAAAUAAGUGCGGUAUUCAUGUGUCGAGAAUUUACGCCAAUUCUUCGUAAACUUCGAUAUGAAACACGUGGAAAUCUGCCAUCACCCUCUUCACCCUGUGUGGAAUUUUUAUGAAAGAAGUCCUCAUGAACAAACGAUAAAACCAUCUCAAUGCUCACUAUCAGAACUUCCACCCUCAACCUCUUCCUGCACUUCUAAGUCCGAUUCAGAGUAUGAACCCGACGCUUCAUCCUCCUCGCCAUCAGAUGCUUGUUCCCGGUCUCCUAUAUCCACCCCAGAUUUGCUUCGUUUUCUCUUCUCCUUGUCGAUACCCCGCCAUCCUCUCUUCCCGGUGAGCGGCUUGAGAAAUCUAUCGGUAUGUACCGCUCCUUCCAUCUCUUCAUCACUGUCAAUACGAGAAGCAUUUCGCUUUGUGGGAGGGUGGUCUUUACUAUCCGCGUUUUCCGUGUCGGAAGCUGAAUAUGACGAUUCGUCUUCGUCUUCAUCGAAAGACGCUCCAGAUUCUUCAGAUUCAUCAAAAUCAGGAAUCAUUCCCGGGCAAUAUUCUGUUACUUUAUCGUCCUUUCCUCCUACUGCAGGUCCCUCAACCAUAGUCCUCAUUACCAUAUUCUCCCCAAAAAGAUCUGCACAUCUUUGCGUAGCCCUAGCAAUGACAUUCGGCGAGAAUCCAACUAAUGCAGCAGAUCCUAGUACCUCGCUCCAAUCCCUGAGACCUAGCAUCUGCUUGCGUGUCUUAUCUGAAAGCUUUCUAGGUGAUUUUUGAGGAGACACCGAGGCAGGUGUUCGUUCCCGUUUAGGUGUACUUGGCUCGAUUGGUGGGGCAAAAAUUGGCAGUGGUUUCUUCUGAAUUCUGGCAAUCCGAGUGAGAUAUUCAUGCUGGGUUUCGCCCUCUAACCUCGCGUAAACCUUCUUCGGCCGUCCUCGGUGAGUUUUCUUCACUCUCCAAAGUUCGGGGUCGUCAAGGCCAUUCUCAUUUGGUGUAAACACAGGGACGGCUGCAGGAUCAAUGGGCUGAAGUUUGCGUGGCCGACCCACUGGCCUUUUAACAGGCGAAUCUCUAUCUGUAGCAUCACCUGCUAUGCUAGUUGCACGUGAACGAGACUCCACGUCCGUAUCGAACUCAGUUUGAGCGGCAUACUGUCGGCAGGUUUUGCGCGCAUGGUGCAAAGCCAUCAAGACAUCAUCUAAUUUCGAAAGGGUAUGCCUGAUUGAUGGGUGCAACAAUUCUCGAGAACGCUCGUCGUCAGCUGAUAUCUCGGGUCGGAGUAUAGUUGUGGUGAGAGGUGGCUCCGAUGAUUUUCUAAUACCAUCUUCUCCAAUCUCAGGAUCUUCCGACUGCUCUUGUUGUGGUUCAUCAAUAUUCAUUCCCUCGGUAACACUAUUUUCGACUUGUCUUUCAUGGUCCUCGGCGAUUUCCCUUUGCAGAAAUCUCUCUCUUGAAUACUUUAACGUGACCCCGAUCAAUUCAUCUUCCAAAGCCCUACUCAAUUUUGUAGUCUCCUUUCUUCUCAGAGUAAACACUUCGUCAUUAUCAUCCGGACCUAUCUGCUCGCCUUCCCUUGGGACCUCCGUCGCUUCAAUUGGCCAUGCAGUCCAUUUUUUAGGAGGUACAAAUUCAUUUGAGUUAUCUUGAUCCUCAUCUUUACCAUGAACAGUUCCAUCAGCAUUGAAUUCUUUGGCUCGCUUUUUCAAAGCGAAAGCAUUAUAUAAAUGAAGGCUCAAAUCUCUGUUCCGAAGUUCAUCCAGCGAGGCCGCCAAACCACGUUCUUCUUCUGUGAUUUGUUGCCAUGUUGAAGCUGGUCCAUUCCAGCGGUUUUCGCGGGGCGGAGAAGAAUUCGUGAAUGUCGAGUUUGUUGGCGACGACAUUGUGA